AUGCUUCGCGCCAUCACCACCCAAGCAGAGAUAAUCUCAAAACACCUGGGAUCACGUGCCAAACAUGAAUUAUUAGCGUCUACUGGCAAAGUUCCCUACCUCCCUCAUUUCAUUGGCGCCUCACAAAACAGGGACAACAUCACAUGUGCACUGCAUGGUGGUUUCACGGAUGCCAGUACUGAUACCGAUACCAACUCCAAUACUGAUUUCGGUGAAGAGGAGGAUCGUCGCAUCCCAAAACUGCCACAUGGUUCUGGCCUCAAUCCAUCCGGCGAACCAGCAAGUGGCCAACUUCACAUUCCUACUGAGCAACCGCGUAUGUCUCAGUUCAACUUUGAUGUGCAUGUGGCCAGUGGAGGAGUUCCUACCCCCAUAUCAAGUGGGAGCACAUCAUCAUAUGGCUGGAGUAUGCAGAACACUGACUCUGACAGCCGCUUCCCUCAUGGCCAAUACUAUGGUGCUUCGUCCUCAGAGGGCCCCUUCCAGGGCUCUUCUUUCGAAACCAUCCAGACCUACCGCAGAGAACAGGAGGCCCUCACCGCUGGGAUGGCUGAUGGAGAUUUGAUUCAAGAAGGCACGGACGAUAACGACAACGACAACGACAACGAAGAUUCCGCCAUGUCAGAUGACGGCAGUAUUGGAGAAUAUUAA